CCUGUACUAGUCCUUGUUUUGUUUACUAUUUAAUGACCCAUUUCGUCUCGACAAUCCGAUCCAUUCAACAAAAGUAAACAAAAGUAAAUGGUAAAAAUUACAGGUGGAUUAGAAAAGAAAAGAAAAAAAAAAAACAAAACCACGAAAAGAAAUGUUGAAAAUCAAAAAUCACAUUGUUUUUCCACUAAAAGUAUCAAGGCACAACACAGCAUCUUCUGUUACCUAUGAUGGUCUACCCGGCCUACAUGACACUGGCGGCGGUGGACGUACACGUACCCUUUGCCAACGCAUCUUUUUAGAGAGAUGUCUGAUAGCAUUAAUUUUCGCGAGGCUGGAUACAAUUUUACUACGAUUCUCAAACGAUUGGAAGCGGCAACCUCUCGUUUGGAGGAUUUAGUAGAAAGCGGCCACCAACCUCUUCCCAAUUUGCACCGAGCUUCCAGAGACAAUAAUUCCCAAACCCAUAACAUAUCGGCGGGAUCCCACAAUGGAACCGGUAACCCUGCCAUCGCUGCUGUCCGUGAACAUUCAUCUCCAAGUGUAUCACAUCGCCAGAGUGCCAGUAACCCGAAACCGGAAUCCUGUUCUCCUUCCAUCGCUGCCUAUGACGAGUUUUGUUCCAAAUACCUCAACGAGUAUGUCCAAUUAAGUAAAAAGCUUGGUGGGCUUGUUCAACAACAAAGUGAACACGUUGAAAAUGCAUUCAAACUCUUGCGUGGUAUCUUGGUUGUUGCCAUGAAGGCAAAGAAGCCCGAAUACGAAUCCCCUGAAUUUUUCGAGUUUUUGAAGCCUAUCCAAUCCGAACUUCUUAGCACAACCAAUAUCCGCGAUGAACACCGUACGGAUCCUUUGUUUAACCAGCUCUCUACCGUCAUGAGUGGUAUUAGCGUUUUAGGCUGGGUCACCAUUGAACCAGCUCCUGUCUCUUUUAUGUCGGAAAUGAAGGAUUCCUCUCAAUUUUACGCAAACCGUGUUUUGAAGGAUUUCAAGGGAAAAGACGAACUUCAAGUUUCUUGGGUUCGUUCUUACCUUACUCUCUUGACAGAACUCGUCAACUACGUCAAGACCCAUUACAAAACCGGCUUGGGCUGGUCUAAUAAACCCGAUGCUCCUCCUUUGAAGGAAGUUAUAAAGAAUGCCGGCGAGAAAGAAUCACAAGAAGAAUCCUCAAGAAAGUCUUCCUCUAGUGGAGCUAGUGGCUUGCCUCCCCCACCACCACCACCUCCUCCGGGAAACGACUUUUGGAAAGACAAGGAAGAGCCCAAGGGUAAUGAAAAGGCCGAUAUGGGCUCCGUCUUUGCUGAAAUCAAUAAAGGAGAAGACAUCACUUCUCACCUUCGUAAAGUCGAUAAACGUGAGAUGACCCAUAAAAACCCUGAAUUACGAAAGACCGGUCCUACACCUGGUCCUAAACCCAAGACUACCUCUUCCGGAGUCAAGGACGAGUUGGCCGUUCCACCCAAGCCAGCAAAGGCUCCUCGAAUUGAGUUGGAAAAUACCAAGUGGUUCGUUGAAAACCAAGUCAAUAAUCAUAGCAUUGUCUUGGAAGGCGUUGAGUUGAAGCACACCGUUCAAGUGAUUGACUGCUCGAACUGUACUCUGAUUAUCAAGGGAAAGCUUAACGCUGUUUCCUUGUCCCACUGCAAGCGUACGAGCGUUGUCGUAGACACUUUGGUUGCCUCAUUUGAAAUCACCAAAUGCAGCAACUUUGGUUGUCAAGUCAUGGAUUAUGUUCCUAUGAUCGUCGUUGACCAAUGCGACGGAGGAGCCGUUUAUUUGAGCAAAAACUCUCUCAGCACAGAGAUUACCACCAGUAACUCUUCCAGUUUGAAUGUCAAUGUUCCUAUUGAAGAGGGAGACUACGCUGAACGCGCUAUUCCCGAACAAAUUAAGCAUAGAAUUAACGAAAAAGGAGAACUCGUUUCCGAAAUCGUUCGUCAUGAGUAAACGAAGGCAUGAAGAAGAAAUUUGGUACGUGAUACAAUCUAUUGUUGGAUGAACCCUCUACAUCUACAUACUUGCUCAAAGGUGUAUAUAGAUACAUCUACAAUCUUUUUAUGAUAGCCAAAAGAACUGAGUUUCGAAUGCCAAUAGGAGGAAGUGUUUCGAAUGAAGAAAUAUCUAUCCAUGACGACCAAAAACCAUGAUUUUAUUAUUCAUCAACAAUAUUUUGUAUGUUUUCUUUUUUACUCUUGAAUUUUUUUUCACGUUUACGAUGAACAGAGCGUUGAAAAGAAAUACGUGUUCUAUGAACUUUUGUCAAUGCCGAUCUUUUUACGACGAAUAAUGUGAAUGAUACUGAUAUAUCUCGAGCUGAAAGUGCUUUGCUUUUAUAUACAGUCGAAAGGAAGAAAUUUGGUUAGUUUGGUUUUCAUGGAAAUAUUUUUUUUCCAACCAUUCGUUCCAUCGUUAUAUACUGUUUGCUAUUCUAAAAGCAAAGAAUUAUUGACUGAAGGUUUUCUUUCUUACUUUUUCUUAUAGAAUGUUCCAAUUUUGUUUUAUAAUAUAGAAUUCUAGUUCUUCAACGUUAGUUUGAUCAUGUAACUUUUUCAACAGUAAACAUUUUUUUCUUUUUCUUUUCC